CAAACCCAACAUGUGUUCCAAGGUUCCCGUGGCAUUCCUGCUGCUGGGUGUGGCCGUGGUCUUCUCGGCCCCGCCUCCUCCGUACCACGCUACCGAGGCACCGGUCCAGUAUGAGUACCAGUACGCCGUCUCAGACGAAUACGCUGGGCUCGAUUACGGCCAGACGGAGAGCCGAAACGGCUACGAGACGACCGGCUCGUACCACGUGCUGCUACCCGACGGCCGCGUGCAGCGGGUACAGUACAGCGUGGUCGGCGAUCAGGGGUACGACGCCGAUGUCACCUACGAGGGUGAAGCCAAGGAGUACCAGCCCACUCCCAAGUACGAGAAGCCGGCGCCCUCUUACCACCACGCGCCCGUGUACCACCCCAGGCCGUCGUACCACGCCGCUCCCGUGUACCACCAAGUGCCUGCGUACGGUGCUCGGCAUUAUGGCGGCGCCCGGGCCCGCACGUACAACCUGCAGAAGGUUCCCGUUGCGUUCCUGCUGCUGGGUGUGGCCGUGGUCUUCUCGGCCCCGCCUCCUCCGUACCACGCUACCGAGGCACCGGUCCAGUAUGAGUACCAGUACGCCGUCUCAGACGAAUACGCUGGGCUCGACUACGGCCAGACGGAGAGCCGAAACGGCUACGAGACGACCGGCUCGUACCACGUGCUGCUACCCGACGGCCGCGUGCAGCGGGUACAGUACAGCGUGGUCGGCGAUCAGGGGUACGACGCCGAUGUCACCUACGAGGGUGAAGCCAAAGAGUACCAGCCCGCUCCCAAGUACGCGAAGCCGGCGCCCUCUUACCACCACGCGCCCGAGUACCACCCCAGGCCGUCGUACCACGCCGCUCCCGUGUACCACCAAGCGCCCGUCUACGGUGCUCGGCAUUAUGGCGGCGCCCGGGCCCGCACGUACAACCUGCAGAAGGCGACCGAGGCGCCCCUGGCGGAAGCCGAGGAAGCUGCAGCUGACGAGCCGGCCGCCGUUCCCGUGGCAUUCCUGCUGCUGGGUGCGGCCGUGGUCUUCUCGGCCCCGCCUCCUCCGUACCACGCCACCGAGGCACCGGUCCAGUACGAGUACCAGUACGCCGUCUCGGACGAGUACGCUGGGCUCGACUACGGCCAGACAGAGAGCCGAAACGGCUACAAGACGACCGGAUCGUACCACGUGCUGCUACCCGACGGCCGCGUGCAGCGGGUACAGUACAGCGUGGUCGGCGAUCAGGGGUACGACGCCGAUGUCACCUACGAGGGUGAAGCCAAGGAGUACCAGCCCGCUCCCAAUUACGAGAAGCCGGCGCCCUCUUACCACCACGCUCCCGUGUACCACCAAGUGCCUGCGUACGGUGCUCGGCAUUAUGGCGGCGCCCGGGCUCGCUCGUACAACCUGCAGAAAGGCGACCGAGGCGCCCCUGGCGGAAGCCGAGGAAGCUGCAGCUGA